CAAGAUCGUGGCUCAAAGUUUUCUUCCCCUCUCUUUUUUAUCACCCCGCUUGCGGAGGACCAGUCGCAUGCAGUCACAAUGAGGGAGAAAGCAAAGGACUUUUUAUCGUGCAGCUUCUCCUCCGGUGUCCACUUCGUGUUGCUCUUCGGUGACGUCGUUUAGACUUACUUUAAAACACAACACAUUUCCGUUAUGCGAAGUCCAACUUGUUGGUUAGUCGUCGUGCUGCGGUGGGUGCCCAUCCGAGAUAACGGAGAACGUGAUGAUUCUCAUCCACUCUGGUUACUGCAAUGAAUGGUAACACUAUCCAUCCAGCCAACACCACAACAGCAGCAGGCCCAGGUGUGGCAGUUCCCCCAAGAGGCUGGAGGGAGUUCUGCGAGCUGCAUGCCUUCACCACAGCCCGGGAGCUGGCCAGGCACUACCGGAGCUUUGCCAGAGAACGACCACAGCAUGACGUGCUUCCGCCAGAGACUUUUUCAAAGCAAUUUACCGACCUCUUCCAGCAACACUUCUGCUGCGAGGUCGACAAAGAUGGCACGCCACUUGGCCAGAACGCAAGCUCUGCCGCCUCUGGUAGUGCUUCCUCAUCAUCUCCAGUGGUCCUUCCUUCUCAGCCUGUGAUCAGUCGAGUGCGGACUUUGUCUCCGACGGAGGACUAUCGGGUGGCUGGCAGACCAAAUGGAGGAGCUGGUCCACUGACUGCAUCACCAAAAGUGGAGCCGGUGGUGUUGAGCCGGGAGCAGGAGCAGCCACUGAGAUGCGCUGCAGGAAACUCCUUUUCAGGAUCUCGCAGUACUGGUAGUGGGUCGCUUCUGAUUCAUAGCCAUAGUAACGAGGAGAUCUCUGGCACAGAUCGACGCCAGGUAUCUGAACGGUACUCUUCUGACUCCUUGACCUCAAACUCAGAAAAUUCUGAAGUGACACAUUUCUCUUUCAGCCAAAUCCGGAAGUCUGUAAAACAGCUUUUAAAGAAAUCACCCCAACCCAAUCCCUGCUCAUCCCAGGACCUUUCUCCUAGGAACCCCAACCCCACCAUCAACAAUAGUAAUCCCCCAGAUAAUGGUGACAGAGUGGGUGCAGUUUCCUCCAUUAGUGAAGAAAUGUCAUCCUCUUCUUCCCACUCUUCCUCUGAAGCCACACCCUUAGCUGCUUCACACAAGGUAGUCAGUCAACUCCUGGAUCGUUUCCGUAGGUUUCGCAGCAAAAGCAUGAAGCAGAAGAGGUCUGAGGCAAGCGGCUGCUGUAAAGAGGGCCAGCUGAGGUACUUUCUAGUGGAUGAAACUGUUUCGGACUCACAGCCUUGCUGGCAGCGGUGCCGCCUGCUGGUCAGGAGGAUCAGAGACACUCGAGGAAGAGGAGCAGGGGAGAGGUACCAGUUGGAGCUCUAUGAUCCUCCAAAGGCCCACAGUCCCAAGCUGACGACUCCCUGCUCAGAUAUCCAAGAAGUCCGGCGUUGCAACCGGCUGGAGAUGCCCGACAACUUUAACACAUUUGUUUUAAAGGUUAAUCGAGGUAGCCUGAUAUUUGAGACAGACAACGAGCAGCAGGUCAGCUCCUGGACCACAGAGCUAAAAGAAUGCAUCAGCAGCAGGUCAGUCAGUGUGGAUCUGGAGCCCCUCCCUUCCCCAGCUGACAGUUCUGCUCCAGCCAGUCACAGAGCGAGCACAGAGCCAGAGAGUCAGAGUCAGAGUCCUGCACCCUUCACCCUGCCAGAGCAGGUAAUCCAGAAGACAGAUCACUUCCUUUUCUCCUACCCCUGGUUCCACGGACCCAUCUCUCGCGUCAAGGCGGCCCACCUGGUUCAGAGCUCCGGGCCAGAGGGACACGGGGUGUUUCUGGUCCGACAGAGUGAGACACGCAGGGGCGACUACGUCCUCACGUUUAACUACCAGGGGAAAGCAAAGCACCUGCGCCUCUCUUUGACAGAAUGGGGUCAGUGCAGGGUGCAGCACCUGCGCUUCCCCUCUGUUAUGGACAUGCUCAGUCAUUUCCGACUCUUCCCUAUCCCACUGGAGUGUGGAGCCGCCGGAGCUGUCACUCUGUCCAGCUUCGUAGUGGCGGGCUCCACUCCACCUUCACAGGGUCAGCUCUCAGGCGCUCUCCUGGUCCCAUUCUCCCUCCAUCGCUGGAGCUCUGAGCCCAGCUUGGCUCACUGCAGCCUGGCUCGCAGCUCCAGUCAGCUCCCUUCCUCCUGCUCCACUAACAGUACCACCAGCACCAGCAUUUCCACUCCCAGCUCCUUUAACCAGUCUGGAAUUCACUCUUUUACCCGCACCGGCCUGGUCCCUGAGCCCACCGCGACAGCCCCUCCUCCACUGCGUCGGAGCGAGUCGGUGGGUCGGAGGAACCUUCACCGCCACCCCAACACCCACGCUCCCAUCAUCCCCCAGCGGGACUCAGACUAUGAGCUCGAACCUGAACGGGGUCGCAAGCGGGCAAUAGACAACCAGUACAUGUUGCUCUGACCCCUCCGAGUCAAACACCUCCAUCACCUCUGAACCACAGCAGACACCUGUGAAGCUGACAUGCUCGCACACACUGUCUCUCACACGUGCACGCACGCACACACACACAUACACACAGAAACGAUCAUUCAGAUGCAGCUUGUUGCUCCCUCCUACAGCUACAUAACCUGAUUACAGCAGACUCAUGAACUUGAGUGAAGAAGUCUUUCUCUGAUGAAUGCAUGCCACUGUGUAUGUAAAAACACACACACACACACUCUCGCUGUGUGUGUGUUUACCAGUGUCAGCCCCUCACAUCCUCCACCCAGAGUGUGCACAGUGAAUGUAUUUUCAGAGCUUUAUAACAGUGCUGAUUAUUGUUGUUCUCUGUGAGAGUGGGAGAGUCAAAUGACUAGAUGACCUAAAGCCCGAGCAAAAAAUAGUUUUCUAUAUUUCUAUUCUGGCCAUUUUUAUAGAGGUGCACUUGUUUUCAUUUCUUUGGCGCUUAACCUGAACUGAUGGGAAGGCACUCCCUGCAAAAUUGGUUAAUUUAAAAUAUUUUUAAAAGACAUUUACUCUCCACACGAAAUUCCCAGUGUGGAGCAAAACUCCCAUCUGUCUGUUUUUUGUUUGUUUUUUUUCCUCUCUUCACACAUACACAGACAAAGAGCACUCACUUUAGAGUGCUAUUACAAUAGAUAUUCUUCCACUUGUGGUUUAUUAUAUAUUUAAGUGUACCUUUAGUGCACUUUGGAAACAAUGUGUAUUUUUCUAUGCACAGAUUCUUUUGUAGAAAAAUAAUAAUAAUGAUUUAAAAAAAAAAAAAGGAAAAAGGGUAAACUUUUCUUCUAUUUUUGCUAGAAAUGGAUUGAACACCGCUUCCACUCCUUCAAACUUAUAGAGAAGUACGGAAAUGAUUCAGAAUCAGCUUUUCAUCAGCGCUGUUUUUGCCUAAAUCCAAGUUCAAGUUGUGUGUCUGGAGGUGAGCGUUGUGGCUUAUGAGAGAUGAGUACAAGUGUAGUCCAUCAGUCCAUCAAGGUUUUGUGGUGUCGUGUUGAAUUUUAAUCGCCUAAGGCAGUAAUACUCAACUUACGGGCCAAAUCAGGGUCACGUUGAGUGUCAGCUGGAUUCAGUAAAUAAAAGGGGUGGAGCUUGUUUAAUGUGAUGAUAAACUUUUUAAAUGUACCCAAAGCAACUGCAACUAAAAUGCAGCUGCAUCUGUUGAAUCCCAUAAAAGAUGUUUACCUGUCAUAUCGUGUCAGUCCCAGUUAUUGUAGUUAAUAAGUCAGGUCUUUUAAAAAUAAUUUCACAGGAGAGUGAAUUAUUACUGUUAAUUCAGCUUAUCCGAUAAAUAUUAAAGUUUAUUAACUGGCUCAUAGAUGAAUCAUUUUUUUGAAAGUGGCACUGGGCCAAAGCAAGUUGAGUAUGGCUGACUUCAGGUUUGAAAAAAAAAAAACCCAACACGGCACCACAGAAAUAAUUUCUGCCA